AUGGUGAAGGAUCAGAUGGUGGCAUCUUUCCACUCUGCUUCCUUUCUAGGUACAGUUGAUGGAGCCUGUGAUCCUAAAGCUGCCAAGAUCCUAGGAGGCAAUUAUAUUCUCCUGGAAGAUGGAACCGGAUUGACCUAUGAGUGUCCUCAGGGACAGUAUCCCCAUCCGACACGAUUCCGGUUUUGUAAUAAUGGCAACCAGUGGAGCCUCUUGACGGACAGGGAGGGCAGGACUGUCGAGAAGGCUGAGUGUCGAGCCAUCCGGUGUGUCAGGCCUCUAGAAUUUGAAAAUGGUGUAUUUGAGACCUUCCAGCAAUUUUACGAGAUCAACCAGGAGCUGAAGUUCACUUGCUAUGACGGACACAAGCUGCGAGGCCCCCAGAUACGUACCUGUCUCCCCACUGGGAAAUGGAGUGGAGAAACAGCUGUAUGUGAUGAUGGAACUGGCCAUUGUCCUGACCCAGGAAUUCCAAUUGGCACUCGAAAAUACGGCACGGAGUAUCAACCAGGGAGCACGGUCCGCUACCAGUGUUCUAGAGGGUUGUCUCUUAUCGGCUCUAAGGAAAGAGUUUGCCAAAAAUCAGGAAUUUGGAGUGGAUCAGAACCAGAAUGUCGAAGCCCAUUCACUUUUGAUUCUAAAGAAGAAAUCACCACGAAGUUCCUUCCAUCCCUCAUUGAAGUUGCUUUGUCUGCCAGCCAAGGAGCACCAGCUAACAAAAGUGACUCCCUUAAUAUCUACUUUCUCCUUGACGCCUCAGAAAGCUUUGGCCGAAAAAGGUUCAUAAAAGCCAGGGAAGCAUUGGUGAAAUUAAUCCAGAAGCUCUCCAGCUAUGACAUCCUUCCCAAUUAUGGCAUUGUGACUUUUGCCACCGAAAGCAGAAUGGUUCUGAGUACAACUCAUCCACGGAGUAGCGAUGCUGACUGGGUGUCUGAACGGCUGGGCUCCAUUACCAUCGAUGCACAUGAGCUGAAGCCUGGAACCAACAUCGCGAACGGCCUUCAAUUUGUCUAUGAAAUGAUGAUUAUGAAGGACAUGGAAGAGAAGCGACGGGGGCUGAACCCCACUCCUGUCUCCACCACAGACCUUCAUAUCAUUAUCCUCCUAACGGACGGCAACUACAACCUGGGAGGGCCCCCACCUUUGAUCAUCCAACAGAUAAAGGAGUUUCUUAACAUUGGGAGACCUUCCGAAAACCCUCGUGAUGUUCAUUUGGACCUGUAC